CCAUAUCCCAACCAUUCAGAUAUCUUCCAGCUAUCGCAAUUUGCAAUUUGACAUCGCUACCAAACAUCGGUACAUAACAUUUACAAAGGUCAACAAGAUGACGUCCAUAUUCGCUAUGAGCCGAACCUUCAAACCCCGCCCGACCCCUUCCUCCGCCUCCUUAACCCAGGGUACCAAACAAUACCAACUGAGGAAAUACGCCGAACAGACCCUAGGGAGUGGGAAUUUGAGGAAUGCGGUGGUACUUCCUGAGGGGGAAGAGGUUUGCGAGUGGGUGGCUGUGCAUGUCGUCGACUUUUUCAACCACCUGAACAUGCUUUACGGGACCGUCACCGAGUUUUGUAAUCCCACACGGUGUCCGAUGAUGAACGCCGGGACCAAGUACGAGUUUUUGUGGGAAGACGGGGUUACCUAUAAGAAACCUACGGCGCUCUCGGCCCCGCUGUAUGUCGAGGCGUUGAUGAGCUGGGUUCAGAACCAGUUGGACGAUGAGAAGUUGUUUCCUCAGAAGAUCGGCGUCCCGUUCCCGAAAAACUUCCUCUCGACGUGCAAGACGAUCCUGAGGAGGUUGUUCCGGGUGUACGCUCACAUCUAUUACGAGCAUUUCGAUCAGAUCUGCGCGCUCGGGAUCGAGGCGCAUUUGAACACGAAUUACCGACACUUUUAUCUGUUUGUCACCGAGUUCAACCUGGUAGAGAAGAGGGACAUGAUCCCGUUGGCCGAGUUUAACGAUACCAUCGCCGGAGAGUACAAGUAGGACCUCCAGAGCCAUGGAUGGGACUUUUUUUUCGACAUCUCUCCCCUGCCUCUCGCCAUCACACGGCUCCCUCUUGUUCUGUCUGUCUUGACGACCGCGACGUUCUUCUUUCGUGUAUCUUGAUUGUUCUGCGUGUAUGACGACCCACCUCGACGAUGCUUGCUGGCCCGUGUAUAUGAUCACGUUUACACCCUGAUGUCGAUUGGCUUGAUCGAUCGAGGGUUGAUUUUUCUUGGCUCUUGUACGGGGUGCCCGAUGGUCGCACAUGGUAAUUGAGGAUCUCCGGGGGACAUACUGUAUUCGUUCACCGGUUUCACAACUG